ACCUGGUGAGGCGUUCAUUUUGGGCCGGGGCGCGUUAGUGGGACCAUGGACCGGAAGAAAAAGCCUUUGGAUGUCACGGCGUCCUCGUUGGUUGACCUUAAGGCUGAACUCUUCCGAAAACAAGAAGAAUUCAAACAAGAAAAACUUCUAAAAGAUGCUGGAGUUUUGGGGAAACCAAAACCAACUACUAAGAAACCAAGUAUCUGGAGCAGACAAAACACAGGAGUUUCGAAUCGAGCUGAGAAGGAUGCUGAACAGAAGAUUGAGGAACAGAAGACUUUGGACAAAGCGAGGGAGAAAUUGGAAGAAAAAGCCAAAUUAUAUGAAAAAAUGACUAAAGGAGCCUUUAUAGAUGAAGAAGUGGAGGAUAUGUACCUUGUGGAUUUCACACAGAAGAUCAUAGACAAACGCAAAGAAAUGGAAGAGCUUGGUGCCAAUAGAGAUUAUAGAAAGACAGAAAGAGAUGAUGAUGAAGAAACCGUUUCUGAAAAAGAUAUCCCUCCUCCCCAGGAUCCCAGUGAAGAAUGGGUGGAUUAUGUGGAUUCUUUAGGGCGAUCCCGGCGCUGUAUGAGAAAGGAUUUGCCACAUCUGCUGGAAAUGGAUAAAAAUCUUCAGGGGAGGCUUUUCGUUAGUCCUGCAAAUGAAAAAACCUUACUAUCUGAAGAUAUGAGAAAAGAACUCCAGCGCCAGCAAUGGGAGGAAGAAGAGAGGGAGUCCCUGAGAAGACCAAUGGGGCCCGUACAUUAUGAAGACAUUCGUGAAAAUGAGGCCCGGCAACUUGGUGUUGGAUACUUUGCCUUUGCCCGAGAUAAAGAGUUGAGAAACAAGCAGAUGAAAACUUUAGAAAUGCUGCGUGAGCAGACAACAGAUCAGAGAACAAAACGAGAAAAUAUAAAGGAAAAGAGAAAGGCUAUGUUAGAAGCAAGACUUGCCAAACUCCGACAAAAAAAGAUGAAAACAUCUAAAGAGGAUGGAGCAGAGGAAGAAGUUAGAGAUGGAGAUGUUAUUGGGCCAUUGCCACCAGAACCAGAGGCCAUGCCAGCUCCUCAUACAGCUGUCCAGAGUAGCAAAGUCGAAGUCAUCGUUCAGGAGAGGAAGGAUACCCGGCCUGGGGUGCCACACAUCCGGGAGUGGGACAGAGGAAAAGACUUUUCCUUUGGGUAUUGGUUGAAGAGGCAAUCAGAUCUCCGGGCUGAGAGAGACCCUGAGUUUGCCCCACCAUCGAAUUACUUUGUGGACCAAAAAAGAACUGGUUCUCUGAGUAGCCAGGCAUGGAACAGACCUGCACCUGCACAGAGUGACCCGGGGCAGCACUCUGGCCAGAGCCCUGACCCCAGCUCUUCACAUACAUCAUCCACUCCAGCCCCCAGCGGCCCACCACAAGCCCAGGCGGUCACUUUUGAAACUCUGGAUGAUAUGAUUUCAUACUAUAAACAAGUGACAUGAACUUAAAAACACUA